CCCUCGUUGGCCCCGCCCAUUCGCUCUGGCGCCUCCUGGCGGCCGCGCGCGUUAGUUGUUCCGGGGCCCGCUCGGUCCGUUUGGGGCCUGAGCGGCGGGAACGCGCCGGGCGCUAAAACCGGGACUAAAACUGCUCCCGGCACCCGGAUCCCGCGGCGAUGGAGAACGACCCCUGUCCCCCAUCCCCCCCACAUUGGGACUGGGACUGUCCCGCCGCGCGGCGCCGCCUGGAAGAGCUUUAUUUCGGCGAGCAGCACCAUCCCGGCGCCGGCACCGAGGACGCCGACGACUUCUGGGUCUUUUUCGAACGGCUCCGGCGUUUCCAAAGCCGAAAAAUCCCCCGCGAACCACCCAAAGAACCCAACGCUAGCGUAUUGGAUUUACCGCCCCGCUACGACCCCCGCUACCGCAUCAACCUGGCGGUGCCGCGGUGCCGGCGCGGCGCCGCCGGCGUCCCCGAGGAGCCUCUCGCCGAAUUCCGCGCCGCUUUGUUGCAUUACCUGGAUUUCGCCCAAAAACGGAGCUUUGCCAAGUUGGCCAAGAUCCAAAAGGAGCGCGCGGCGCUGCCCAUCUGGCGCUACCGGGAGCGGAUCCUCGACGCCGUGGCGGUGAAUCCGGUGGUGGUGAUCGCCGGAGAUACGGGCUGCGGGAAAUCCACGCAGGUGCCGCAGUUCUUGCUGGCGGGUGGGUACGAGCGCGUGGUUUGUACCCAACCGCGGCGCGUGGCCUGCGUGGCGUUGGCCAAACGGGUGGCGCUGGAGAGCCUGCACCAGUAUGGCGACGAGGUGGGCUACCAGAUCCGCUUCGAGAGCAGCCGCUCGGCGGCCACGCGGCUGCUGUUCCUGACCGAGGGGCUGCUGCUGCGGCAGCUCCAGCGCGACCCGGCGCUCGCCGCAUACAACGUCCUCAUCGCCGACGAGGUCCACGAGCGGCACCUCCACGGCGACUUCUUGCUGGGCGUCCUGCGCCGCCUGCUCGGCGCUCGCCGCGACCUGCGCCUCAUCCUCAUGUCGGCCACUAUCAAUAUACAACUGUUUUCGAGCUAUUUCGGCGACGCGCCGGUGCUGCAGGUGCCGGGAAGGAUCUUCCCCAUUUCGGUUAUUUACCAACCGAUUGCCAAAGAGGAGGCGGCGGCGCCGGCACCGGGCCGAGCGGAGCGGCUGGACCCGCUGCCGUACCUGCGGGUGCUGCAGGCCAUCGACCAGCAGCACCCACCGGAGGAGCGCGGGGACCUGCUGGUGUUCCUGAGCGGGGUGGCCGAGAUCGGCGCCGUCCUGGAGGCGGCGCAAGCGUACGCGGCGCGGAGCCAGCGCUGGGUGGUGCUGCCCCUGCACAGCACCCUCUCGGUGGCCGAGCAGGAUAAGGUGUUCGACGUCCCCCCUCCCGGCGUCCGCAAGUGCAUCCUGUCCACCAACAUCGCCGAAACCUCGGUGACCAUCGACGGCGUGCGCUUCGUCCUGGAUUCCGGGAAGGUGAAGGAGAUGAGUUACGACCCCGAGGCCAAACUGCAGCGGCUGCAGGAGUUUUGGAUCAGCCGGGCGAGCGCCGAGCAGCGUAAAGGCCGCGCCGGCAGGACCGGGCCUGGGGUUUGUUACCGGCUUUACGCCGAGUCCGACUAUGAUGGGUUUGCUCCGUAUCCCGUGCCGGAGAUUCGACGGGUGGCGCUCGACGCUUUGGUGCUGCAGUUAAAGAGCAUGGGGCUGGGUGACCCCCGAACUUUCCCCUUUUUGGAGCCUCCCCCCGCGUCCAGCUUGGAAAUGGCCGUGCGGUACCUGCAGGACCAGGGAGCCCUGGACAACAACGAGGACCUGACGCCCAUCGGGACCCUCCUGGCCCAGCUCCCGGUGGACGUGGUGGUGGGCAAGAUGCUGGUGCUGGGGGUGCUGCUGGGGCUGCCGGAGCCGGCGCUGACGGUGGCGGCGGCGCUGAGCGUCCCGUCGCCGCUGGUGCGCGCGGCGCAGCCCGACCCCGACCGCGCCGCGGCCCGGCGCCCGCUCGAGAGCCCCCACGGGGACCCCCUGACGCUGCUCAACCUCUUCAACGAGUGGCUGCAGGUGAAGCGGCAGCGCGGCGCCUCCCGGCGCUGGUGCCGGCGCCGCGGGCUGGAGGAGCACCGGCUCUACGACGCCGCCGACCUGCGCCGCCAGUUCCAGGAGCUCCUCCGCGACCACCAUCUCCUUCCCGACCCCCCCGGCUCCGAUAGCAACCGGCACAGCCGGCACCGCGAGCGCCGGGAGCUGCGGCAGCUCUGGCGCCGUCACGCCGACACCCGCAAGCGCAAGAUGCUGCGGCUACAAGAUGGCGCCGCCGCCUCCGGCUCCGACGACGACGCCGACACCGGCGCCAAAGGCGAGCGCGCCGUCGACAUCCAGGACGUCAAGUUCAAGCUCCGGCACGACGUGGAGGAGCUUUGCGCCGCGGCCGGUUCGGCGCUCACCGCGGCGCAGCUCGUCCUGCUCAAACUCGUGCUUUGCCGCGGGCUUUACCCUCAGUUUGCCGUUGCCGACCAGCUCAACGCCAGCCGCAAAGAUUCCGAGCAGCUUUUUCACACCAAAACCAAGCAAGGCGUCGUCCUUCAUCCCACCAGCGUCUUCACCGCCAGCCCCGAGCUGCUCCACGCCAAUGAAGGAGCGAAGCGCGGCGGCACCAAAGACCCCGCGGAUGGGUUGAGCUGCCAACACCAGCUCCUCGCCUUCGUCUCGCUGCUGGAGACCAACAAACCGUAUCUGGUGAACUGUGUCCGCGUCCCGGCGCUGCAGGCCCUCCUGCUCUUCUCCCGCUCUCUGGACACCAACACCGACUGCUCGCGCCUGGUUGCCGACGGCUGGUUGGAAAUGGCCGUCCUGGACGCCGACGCCGCCCUGCGCCUCCUCGCCGCCGCCAUGCGCCUCCGCUCCUCCUGGGACCAACUCCUGCGGCAGCUCCUGGCGGCGCCGCGCGGCGAGGAAACCGAACAGCGGCCGAACCCCCACGACGUGUCCGCGCUCACCCGGGGGCUGCUGGAGUUUAUACACACGGAGGUGCCGUUUCGCCUGCGCCCGCUCACCGGGUUGGAGAAACAAAACCUCUACGUGGGGCCGCAGACGGUGGCGGCCGCGCCGCGGCUCCCGGGGCUGUUUGAGGGCGUCGAGAUUGCGCCCGACGAGGUGAAAGGCGGCUACAGGGUGACAGAUUUUCUCACCUACAACUGCUUGGCUACGGACACAGAUCUGUACAGCGACUGCUUGCGGAGCUUCUGGACAUGUCCCCACUGUCACCUCCACGCGCCUGUCACCCCCAUGGAGCGCGUGUGCCACGAGAACGCCUGUCAGCCGCAACAGGAACCCGAGGAAGAAACCCCUGACAUGUCCUCCCAGAGCUCCUCCCUCCACCGACUGUUCCACUGCGACGUGUGCCAGCGCGACUUUUCCUUCACCCCCACGGAGAUUCUCCGGCACAAGAAGCAGCACCGGUGAACCCCAGGGACCCCAAAACAGGGACAAACCCCCUUAAAACUCCACCCCUUUUAUUUCAGGAUCACGGGAUGUUUCACCAUAUCCGAGCGGCGCUCGGCUCAAAAACCCCACAAUUUGCCAAAAUACUCCAUGAAAAUGGGAAAGUGGGUCAGGCCGCUCAGUGCUGCGUUUGCCAAAAACCCCAAUUUUUGCAGAAAUGGUAAAAAAACAAUAAAAUUCUGAUUAUUUCUGGGGGUUUUA